UACAUUAAGAUCACCCUCCUCCCCUGAUCUCCCUGUUGAUUUCUCCAGCAGCUUCAUUCUCUCGUUAGUCUUCUCAAGUCACUCUUUUUGCUGUUCGCAGCGUCCAUUCGUUUAUUACGACAUACACUCUUUUGACAAUCCACGUAUCGUUAUUUCUUUCGACACAAUGAAGCAAACUAUCAUCACUUCCCUCGUCGCCCUUGCGGCUUCCGCCUCUAGUGCCUACGCCACCGAUAGCCUGAUCAGCGUUCCUGUUAACCUCUGCGCUGCCAUCCUCGGAGAGGUUGAAUGCAAGCAGCAGAGCACCACCAACGGGUUGAUUAACGUCCCCGUCAAUGCCUGUGUUGCUGCCCUCGGAAAGGCCAAGUGUGAUCAGGCCUCUUCUUCCAGCAGCGAUGGUGACUCCCUGAUCAGCGUUCCAGUCAAUCUCUGCCUUGCCAUACUCGGAGAGGUUGAGUGCAAGCAACAGAGCACCACCAACGGGUUGAUUAACGUCCCCGUCAAUGCCUGCGUUGCUGCCCUCGGAAAGGCCAAGUGUGAUCAGGCCUCUUCUUCAAGCGGCAAUGGUGACUCCCUGAUCAGCGUUCCUGUUGGUCUCUGCGCUGCCGUCCUCGGAGAGGUUGAGUGCAAGCAGCAGAGCGCCACUAACGGGUUGAUUAAUGUCCCUGUCAAUGCCUGCGUUGCUGCCCUUGGAAAGGCCAAGUGUGACCAGGCCUCCUCUUCCAGCAACGAUGGUGGCUCCCUGAUCAACGUCCCCAUCAACAUCUGCCUGGCUGUCCUUGGCGAGGCUCACUGCCACCAGAGCUCCAACUCUGGCAGCGGUCUGAUCAACAUCCCUAUCAACCUGUGCCUUGCUGUCCUGGGCGAGGCCGACUGCCAGGACUGCUCUACUCUGACCAGCACCAUCGUAGAGUCGUCUACUAUCCCCGGCUCCGGCCCAACUGGCUCUGCCACCGCGACUGCUACUGGUACUGGCUCUGAGACCUCCACCACUGCCGUCGGCACUUCGCCCUCUGGCCCUGGCUCCUCUCCUUCCUCCCCCUCCGUCACUGGUAUUCCCGUCCCCAGCUCCGGACCUUCUGGUGCCCCUGGUGUCUCUUCUCCCGCUGGACGCCCCUCCUCAUCUGCCGCUGCUACCGUGACCGUUCACAGCACCACCACCAUCUGCCCCUCCGGCACCGCUGGCCUCAAGAGCUCUUCUAUCCGUCGUGUGCCUUCUUCUGCCCCCACUGGCCCCGCCGGUUCCGCCGGCUCUGGCUCCACCGGCAGUGCGAGCACCCCCAGUGCCACACCUGCGUUCAACGCCGCCGGUCGUGCUACCCUGUCCGGUGUCGCCGUUUUCUUCGGCGCCCUGUGCGCCGCUGCCAUGCAGAUCUAA